AUGACCACCUACGCAGUGAUUGGGGCCACGGGAAAUUGUGGCACGGCACUGAUUCGUAUUCUCCUUCAAACGCCAUCGGCCAAAAUCCAUGCGUACUGCCGCAAUAAGCAGAAACUGCUGGGGCUGGUGCCCGAACUGGCAGCAACCAAGCCCGACCAUGCGGAGAUCUUUGAGGGCAACAUUCGUGAUAUUCCCCUGCUGACCGCAUGCCUUCGUGGUUGUCGGGCUGUCUUCCUGGUCGUGUCCACCAAUGACAACAUUCCCCACUGCGACAUGGCGCAGGUCACGGCCAUCGGGGUGAUUCAAGCUCUCGAAACGCUAAAGGCCCAGCCCGAGGGUGCGACGAUGCCGAAGCUCGUUCUGCUCUCGUCCGCGACACUCGACGACCAAUUGUCCCGCGCAACACCCCCUCUUGUCCGUUGGAUUCUCCUCCGCUCAGCCUCGCAUGUUUACCACGAUCUGGUCAAAACCGAGGAAUUCCUCCGCGCACAACAGGGCUGGGUGUCGACGAUCUUCAUCAAGCCCGGAGGUCUGGCAUUGGAUAUUCAACGGGGGCACGCAUUAAGUCUUACCGAGGAAAAAAGCCCCCUGUCCUACGCCGACCUUGCUGCUGCCAUGAUUGAGGCCGCUGAUGAUCCAGAAGGCAAAUGGGAUAUGCGGAAUGUCGGGGUCGUCUCCAUUAACGGACCGGCGAACUUCCCGCCGGGGGCUCCGAUGUGUAUUUUCAUGGGGUUUGUGAGACAUUAUUUGCCCUUUCUGCAUCCAUAUCUGCCUUCCACAGGACCAGGGUAA